GGUUGCGAAGAAGUGUUCAGCCUUUCAGAGUCCCGCAGGACUUGGCCAGGAGACACUAGACGCCGUUCUACACCAGGUCCUACGUCUUUCGAAGGAUAACACGCGAUCUAACACACGGCCGGUUUUUUUCCUUUCGUUUCACUUUUACAGCGAGACGCACGAAGAUCCUGCACGAACAAACCUUCGACAAUUCAAUAUUACACCGAUCAUGUACUGCAGGCUGUUUCAAAUUGCCCUAGUCGUUUCGUCGUUAGCAGCCUGUUUGGACCAGGUUUCCGAAGUUGUUGGCUUGCGUGGCUCUCCUGACUACAAACAUGUCUCUCUCAGAUGGGAGUAUCCAAGGUACGGAAUUCCUGUUUAUGGUUUCCAGGUCCAUUACUGCGAACUGCAAGCAUGGGGACCGAACCGCUGCAAGACAAAGCUUGUCGAGAGCUCAGGCGUUAUAGAAGAAAUGGGUGUACCGACCAGUUUCAAGUCGUAUGCAGUGGUCAUUCACGGACUGCGCAUGGCUACAAAUUACUCGUUUAGCGUUCGACCUCUUGAGACAAGAAAGACAAGAUAUCUUGUUGAUAAAUUUUCUCACUCAACGAUAUUCCUCGCUACAAAAGGCUUUUCAGCACGUGCGGUCUUGUGCCUUCCAGACAGAAGUGAAGUCGAGGUGUCGACAGGGCCGCAUUUUUCAGGUCGGAUCGCAGUUGAAGGCGCACUUGGAGAAGAGUGCAGUCUAGAAGGGAUUCCGUCUUCACCUAAAGAAUCUUACCUCAUGAGGAUCAGCCAUUCAGAAUGUGGGUCAGAGACAAACUCAACUGCUGUCGCUACAUUCAUCCUCGUACAGGAGAAUCUUCCGAUACUGACGCACAGUACAAGGAGAUUCCUCGUUGUUUGCACAUUUCAUCCAGAAACACUAACAGUCAGAGCCGGGUUGAACUUGCCUCAUACCAGUCAUGGAUCUGUCGAACCGCAGACAGAAGGAGAAAACCACAUUUCUGAAGUAUCUAGUAAUGAAGUCAUCGCUUCUCCUCUUCAACAAGUCGAAUCAAGAGAAUUCAAAGAAGAAGAUGAAGCGCAAGUGGUGAUAACAACGGUUGCCAUAAUAGCAGGACUCGUCGGAUCAGGCCUUGUCAUAUGGUGGUUUGUCCCUCUGCAAAGAAAUUCUGACAGUGAGUCCAUACUGAGUAGAGAAUGCAGCCCUUCAGACCUCGACAACUUUGAAAAUACUGUGAGGGAUGGUGAAAUUACCGAAUCUGAAAGAGCGAUGGGAGGUGCGUACAACACCGUCAUGAGGGAUAGAUUGGCCUCAGGUGAAAUGUGCAUUACGCUCGACAGCCAAGCGGCUUCAGAGGCAUAAGCGAGACAACUGUCGCCCUAGCCAAAAUUCGACUGACUCCACUUACUCAUCUACUGUGAUUAGAAACAAUUACUCUCAAAAAUUUGGCGUCUUCCUUCAAAGAAUUUGUCAGGGCAUCGUUUUUCUUUUAUUAUCAAUAUUGGGAAAUGUGAUAUCCUUUAUAGUACUUUAUUUUAUGCCUAUGGAAACAAUUUCACAGGAGAGAAGACUGAUCUCUCAAUUUUUACUCCUGGUAUUAGUUUUUAAUUUUCCAUUUACUAUUUAUAU